GAAUUGUUGAGAGUGCAAAAGAUCUUUUUCUAAUUUUAAGAGAUUUAGAGAAAAAAGACCCUGAAGAGUUGCAAAGAUUAUACAAUGAGUAUGUCGUUGAAUUAGGAGAAAAAAUAAAGGUUUUACAAACCAAAUUAGAAAUAAGACAAUUGUUUAAAGAAGUGCAAGAAGAACAAUCACUACAACAACUUCAACUUGUUGAAGUAAAUAAGUAG